AUGGAGCUUCAAGGUGCUUUGCUAGCAGUCAGGUUAGCAAACUAUCUGUUGAAGGAGCUGACUCUGCCCAUAUCGAAUGUGUUUUUCUGGGUUGAUGCGAUGACUGUUGUUCGGUGGAUCCACGCCAGCCAUCGUCGUUACAACGUGUUUGUCGCAAACAGAAUAGCUGAGAUCCUGGAUUCAACGACCCCUUCGCAAUGGAGACAUGUUCCUGGUGCACUUAACCCAGCAGACGAAUGCAGUCGUGGUCUCUGUCCGUCCGAGCUCGAUCCAAAUCAUCGCUGGUACCGUGGACCUGAGUUUCUAGUUUUGCCACCCGAGCAAUGGCCGGCCCAGAUUCCAGCUACUGAAUUGAUCGACCACGAAGACGAGUCCAUUGGCUGUUUCUAA